AUUCACACACACUACACUAGUAGCUGGACUCGACUCAGCUUUUGCCUUGCCUGUCUUCUUCAGUAACAUUUCUUUUGCUUUUUCUUCAUAUCUCCGCUUAGAAACCCAGCGUCCAAUAUUGUUGGAGAAAUUAGAGAAGCAUCUAACAAGGCAACCACUGCAGAACUUAAGCUGUUUUUGGAAGACAGUUGGUCAUCCGAAUCUUGCCACGUACCCCGAGGAUUGGAAGGAGAGUGCUCGGAUUGUUGCGUUGCAAAAGCAGGAUCACUGGGAGGAUUUUACUCGAGAGAGAAUUCAAAGAUCCGUAGAUCGGAUUGCCAACCGUAAGUUUCCACUACCUCUCUAUAUUUCCGAGUAAAUGAACGAUAUUUACUAAGGGUUUCUUUUUGCAGAAAGCUGGAUCUCGGACCCGCAUCCUCAUAUUAACCAAUCAACAUCGAAGAGAUUAUCACUCUUUACGCGAGCUGAACAGAAGGAGAUCAACCGAGCCAAAACGAUGAAGCAAUUGCCGGAUCUCAGUCUUAUUGUAGCCGAGAAGAUAGGCGCCAAGCGGGGCGCUUCUGGGAACAAAGUUGGCCCUUCGGAGACGACUCCAGUUGCUGCUGAGCAAGCGCGUACUGGCGGCUCCUCGCAGGGCAAAAGCUCGAAGAAGAGCAAGAAAAAUGCCGGGGGUCCGAAGGAUUCCUCCGAGCUGGAGCAUCCUGCUGCGGAUGGUUCGUCUAAAAAAGGGGGAAAGAAGAGGAAAGCCGGGGACUUGCCCACUGAAGAUGCUCCCAAGAAGAAGAAGAUGAAGAAAAAAGAACUGGCUUUGCCCCGCUCAUCCUCGGUCUGUGAAGAAGAACUUCAGGCUCUUGUUCCUGAGACUAUCCCUGAGGUCGGGACCUCGGAGGAUGAUGAGAAUGAGACCAUCGCCCUUCGCCGUCGGAGACGGGAGGGUCGAGUCACCGAGGAGGUAUCCCGUGGAGCCUUGGCCGAUGAUCUGCGAUCUACUGAGGUUCCGAGGGAAAUACAGGCUUCGGGAGGACAACGGGACCGCUUGAGGAAUGAGUCCCCUGCUCAUGUCACGGAGGGAUCUGAGACCCGAGUAUCCGGUCGUCCUAAGGAAACCCCGGCAGAUGGGUUCAGAUUCGAGUUUAACCGUGAGCUUCCGCUGGCUUGCUACCCGGAAGAUUGUGCUCGCCUGUUACGGUUGGUCAAAGGCGGUCCCGAUCAACUCCCUUCGGUGGGAGAUCUCAUCUUCAAAGAUGAGUAUGAGCACGCCUCUUGCUCGUCUGUAAAGAGCCAUGGUGAUUGGAACGUUUUGGUCGAGAAGUACGACUCAUCUCUCAGACGGGCCAGAGAACAGAUUCGUGAGAGCGAGGAGGCUAAGAAGAGAAUGGAGGAGGCUCUUCGGGUUUCUACGCGAGAAAAGGCAGACGCCAUUGCUCGGGAAAAAGCCCUUAGGAAGGCGUUUGACGAGACGCGGACAUCUGACGCAGCUGAGUUGCAGAUGUGCAAGGAGUCAAUGAACAAUCUUGAGUUCGUGGUGGAUAAGCAGCGGAAGGAAAAGGCUGAUCUAGAGGCAAAGAUGGCUGCGGAAUUACUAAGGCAUUCCGAGGAGAUGGAUAGGCUUCGGAAAUCUCGUAAAUACGAGGUUACGCACGAGAGGAUUCGCGUGCUGAUUGCUAUGAUUGCUAAAGCCGAGAAACGUUUUCACAAGAUUUCCCUCCGCGAGGACAAAAGGGACAAAUACGACGAUGCUCGGUGUCUCUAUAGUCAAGCCUUCGGGACGAGGAAAUGUCUCGAGCAGAUCAAGGCCUCGGGUGUAGAAAUCCCGCAGGAAACCAUCGACUUCUUCAUCGGGCAAGAGAAGCACUACGAGGAAGAAGCAGAGCGCUUGGAAGUAAAGGAGAUUCCGGCGGAAGAUCUUUGCCUUUCUCCGCUAGUGUUGGAGUCUCGGUUUUUGAUCGAAGAAAUUUGGCGUCAGCUCGACCCGUUUGGGUCGAAUAUUGAUUUGAUCGAUUCGGAGGCCGCUAUUGCUCUGCGUACUCCUCUUCGUUCUGAAGAUCCGGUGGAGAAGCCCGCUCAAACUGCCGUAUCCUCCAACCAGCCCACCGAUCAAGACAUUGAUCCUGCGAAGCAGGCAUCAGCGGAAGCGGUUGUUCUUAAGGACGGGGCCGUGCCGACUAUCGUGCUAACGGAUUCCCCUGCUAAGGCAUCGAAGAAUGCCAGCUCAUCUGCUUCCUCGUCAGAGGACCCGGAGAAAGGUGAUGAGGCUCUUGCGGGGAUGCCUACUGCGGACGCGACUGCGCCAGCCCCAACCAAAUUUGGUCGUGUCUCGGGUCCCGGAGAGGGAGAUGGCGGCGGAAACAAGGAUCCUCCCGUGGUUGAUUAAUGCCUGUUGUCAUCUGUUGUAAAAUUUCUUUUUUCUCUUUUCGGCUCCUUGAAGCCUUUG